AUGACAUCGGAAAUCGCCUUGCAAGAGUCAAGUACAUCGCAAUCAGCAUCCAUCCGCGAUGAAUCUGGAAAAGGAGUCGAAGAUGCUAAAAUGAAGAACGAAGCGGCGCCAACCUCUAUGGAGAACACGAGCCCUAGCCCGCCACAAGAAGAUCUUGAGGAACCGCUUACAUAUCCUGAAGGAGGUUUGCAGGGCUGGUGCGUGGUUCUGGGUUCUUUCUGCGCCAUGGUGUCUGUGUUCGGAUUGCCCAAUACUGCAGCUGUCUUUGAAUCCUAUUUCUCCGAGAACCAAUUAAGUGAAUACAGCCCUUCUCAGUUAGGGUGGAUAUUCUCGAUUUAUCUCUUUGUUUUGUUCUUGUUUGGAAUUCUAGCCGGGCCAGCCUUUGACAGGUACGGCCAUCGAGGGUUGGUUGCGGCAGGGAGUCUGGUAAUGAUUGCCAGUCUAGAGAUUCUAAGCUUCUGCACAGAAUAUUACCAGAUCAUUCUCACCUUUUCCAUCAUGGCUGGCCUUGGUGCGUCUCUGCUCAAUACCCCGUCCUUCGCCAUCAUUGGCCACUGGUUCAAUACCAGGAGAGGCCUUGCGAUGGGUCUCGCAGCAACCGGUGGUUCAUUCGGGGGCGUCAUCUUCCCCUUCGUGUUGCAAGCGGCUCUCCCGAGAUUUGGUUUUGCAUGGAGCAUGCGCUUACUGGGCCUGAUUUACCUCAUCUUCGCUGUGCCAACAAACCUCCUAAUGAGAACUCGCCUUCCACCAAGCGAAAAGUUCGAUUCUAUUUGGCCGGAUAUACGGCUUUUCAAGGAACCAAAGCUCGCCUUUUGCUGCGGCGGUGUCUUCUUCAUGGAGUACGGAGUCUUGAUCCCACUCACCUACAUUAUCUCUUUUUCCAUGAGCAAAGGGCGCGAUGCUAGCUCAAACUAUCUAUUUCCCAUUCUGAUUAAUGUAGGCAGUAUCAUUGGGAGAGCACUGCCUGGAUUCAUUGCCGAUCAGAUUGGGCGCUUUAACACCAUCGUCCUUACCGUCGGCCUGUGCACGAUAUCGGUCUUCGGAAUGUGGCUACCGGCGGGUAGCUCAUGGCCGGUGUUGCUUGCCUUCACCUUCAUAUUUGGUUUCGCCAGCGGAGGGAAUGUGAGCCUCAUCCCAGCUUGCAUUGGACAACUCUGCGACUCUCGAGACUACGGGCGUUUCUUGUCUACAGCGAUGCUGUCCGCCAGCUUUGGGACCCUUCUUGGCAUUCCCCUUGGUGGGCUACUAUUGGGGAUCAAGGACCAAGAGACAGCAUGGAAAGCGCUGGUAUUGUUUUCCGGGUUCUCAUACGUUGUAUCCCUUGGUUGUUACAUUGCAGCCAGAGUGCUUGCAGUUGGUUGGAAGCUCAAUGCAGUGUACUAG